AUGGCGAAUCCACGGCAACGACGCAAGGCGCGUUCAGGCAAGUGGUCCGGUGCGACCAAGAGCGCGAAGCGAUCGCAGCAGCGCCGACUGAAACGUGCGCCCACCGUCAUGGGCCCUGAAGUGCUGCGUGAAAAUUGGGAUCCCAAGUUGACCGUGCGCCAAAAUUAUGCCAAACUAGGACUGGUGCCGACGCUGGCAUCUCAAUCGGGCGGUCUCGAUCGGAAUGACCCGUAUGCCCAAGUGGCACCUGCUGAGCCAUCUUCCUCCACCGAUCGACCACGCAAAGGCAUGGCGCGCGUGAUUCGUGACGAGAGCGGCCAGAUCGUGGAUUUGAUCGAGUACAGCGAAGAGGACCAUGUCGAGACGACACCGUGGGGCAAGCAGCUCAAUGCUGACGAAGAAGAGCCCGUCGACCAGGCCGCGUCACUUUUGCCGCCACGCCUGAACGAGGGCCGCGAUACAGACACUGUGCAGGCGCUGGAAAAAAUCGCCGCUGAGCACCAGCCGGUCGAGCGCUUUGCGUCGGCGGGUGAACAUGCCUGGCUUGUCGAUCUCGUGAAAGCGCAUGGCUCGGACGUCGACUCCAUGGCGCAAGACCUACGACGAAACGUGUGGCAAAAGACACCAGGCGAGAUUCGCAGAGCUCUCAAAAAAGCCGGUCUGGCGACAUAG